UUCUGUAGCGCGUGAAGGGGAGGGACCGGGGCGCGAGAUGAGCGCGCUGUACUUUACUUUCCCUCAUUUGCACAGCAGCUUGAGGAUGGAGCUCGAAUUCUUGUGUGGAGCAUAUGUCUUCUCGGUGCUCUGUGUUUGAUGACAAGCAGCGAAGCAACAAUUUGCCUGGAAUUAUUUUUCAUGUUCGUUAAAGCAGUGGAGGAGACCACGUCCCGGAGGAGUCUGUCAUAGGAGCGCUGCUUACCUGCCGCCCCAUCAGCUCCACUGUGUGGCUGUUCUAUUGAGACUGACACUUCAAUGAAUACAGAGAGAGGGUUUCAGCACUACCUCUAUUCCCAGCAUGUUCCAGAAGCCAUUAGGGAUACCAACACAAGUAUCUCCUGAAACAUGAGCGACAUCUACGAGUCUGCAGCCAAUUCUCUGGGCUUGUUCAACAGCCCCUGCCUGACCAAAGUAGAGCUGCGGGUCACCUGCAAAGGUAUCUCAGACAGGGAUGCCCUCAACAAACCUGAUCCCUGCGUGGUCAUUAAAAUGCAGUCCCAUGGCCAGUGGUUGGAGGUGGACAGGACGGAGGUGAUUCGGAGUUGUAUAAACCCCACGUUUUCUAAGGUCUUCACCCUGGACUUUUACUUCGAAGAGGUUCAGCGGCUACGUUACGAGCUCUACGACAUCAGCAGCAGUCAUAAUGGCAUGAGAGAGGUGGACUGCCUAGGAGCCAUUGAGUGCACACUGGGCCAAAUCAUCUCCCAGAGAAAAUUCACCAAAGCCCUGCUUAAACAGGGCAACACAGUUGGGAAAUCAUCUAUUACGAUCACCGCUGAGGAGCUGACAGGAAAUAACGAUUAUGUCGAACUCUCAUUCAGUGCGAGGAAGCUGGAUGAUAAGGAUUUUUUCAGCAAGUCAGAUCCAUUUUUAGAGAUCUACAGGGUAAAUGAUGACAACACUCAGCAGCUAGUGCACAGAACAGAGACCGUCAUGAAUAACCUCAACCCCGUGUGGAACACCUUCAAGACAUCCCUUAACUCGCUCUGUAGUGGAGACCAUGAAAGAAUACUGAAGUGUACAGUGUGGGACUGGGACUCGAAUGGAAAGCACGAUUUCAUAGGGGAGUUUCAAGCUACGUUCAGAGAGAUGCGAUCAGCGAUGGAUGGAAGACAGGUCCAGUGGGAAUGCAUAAACCCCAAAUAUAAAGUCAAGAAGAAGAAUUACAAGAACUCUGGGAUUGUCAUUCUGAAUCAGUGCAAGAUAAUUAAGAUGCAUUCCUUUCUGGACUACAUCAUGGGAGGUUGCCAAAUACAGUUUACAGUAGCGAUUGAUUUCACAGCGUCUAAUGGGGAUCCGAAGAACAGUUGUUCGCUACACUACAUCCACCCCUACCAGCCUAACGAGUAUCUGAAAGCUUUAGUCGCAGUGGGGGAGAUUUGCCAAGACUAUGACAGUGACAAAAUGUUCCCGGCGUUUGGCUUUGGUGCUCGAAUACCUCCGGACUUCAAGGUGUCACAUGACUUUGCAGUAAACUUCAACGAGGACAACCCAGAAUGUGCAGGUAUCCAAGGUGUGGUAGAGGCCUACCAGAAUUGCCUUCCUAAGAUUCAGUUGUACGGUCCUACAAACAUUGCCCCGAUCAUCCAAAAAGUGGCCAACUUUGCCUCUGAGGAAAUGCACACCAAAGAGGCCAUGCAAUACUUCAUCCUGCUCAUCCUGACGGACGGUGUGAUCACAGAUAUGGCGGACACCAGAGAGGCAAUCGUCCACGCCUCUCACCUGCCCAUGUCUGUCAUAAUCGUGGGAGUUGGAAGUGCAGAUUUCACUGACAUGGAGAUGCUUGACGGUGAUGACGGAAUCCUUCGUUCACCUAAAGGGGAACCAGUGUUGCGUGACAUCGUACAGUUUGUGCCGUUCCGUAACUUCAAACAUGCCUCUCCUGCUGCUUUGGCAAAAAGUGUCUUAGCCGAAGUCCCAAACCAGGUGGUGGACUAUUACAACAGCAAAGGGAUCAAGCCCAAGUGCCCCAGCGAUUAUGAGUCUUCCAGGACGUUUGGUCACUGAAGCCCUGAGCUAUCGCUCGUUACAAAAACUAGCACGUUUCUGUGAAUUUUAAACCUAAUUCCUGUUCUACUUUGUUUUGUUUGCAUGCGUAGCCUGUGAGGCUUGCAUAGGUGUUGCAAUGCUACCGUUUCUAUUAUGUACAUGUGUACAUGUACAAACUUAAGGCCCGUUCACACCAAGAACGAUAACUAUAAAGAUAACUAUAACGAUAACUAUAUGUGCGUCCACACCAUGAACGAUAACAGCCUGUUUAUUCUAAGCUCACGCGCUGCGGUUUCAAAGUGUGUACAACAUGUUUUUUCUGUUCUUGUUGCAUUUACACAGCUUUAACCAGCAGAUGUCCUCAGCAUGCUAUGUUUCGAGUGAAUAGCUAGUGUAAUCGAUCUAAUCUAACGGUGAAUUUAGCUGACGAAGUGGAAUAAAACCAACGCCUAGUCUUUUUCACUGCAACUUCAAAGGAAGCAAGACAAUGUUGUCAAAACUAGCGCUGGAUACCUGAGGUAAUUUUAUGUUACACUGUUUGCUAGCCUGGCAUAAUGAUCUUAUUGUUAUUACUUUCGAUUGUUUUCCAUAUAUCCAUUUUCCUUAAAGUAUCAUUGAAAAGACCUGUGGUGGCUUUUUCUGAAUCUCGACGAAUAACUUCUCCGCAAUGUCGUCUGCCAUUUUAAAUGCACGAGCGGCCCUUAAAUUAGAAUGGAUUCUGAUUGGCUGUCAGUGUUUUAUUGUUCAACAGCUGAAAAAAAUCGUUCUGAAAGUGAUCCCAACGAUAUCGUUUCUCUAUAUCAUUAUUGUUAUAGAUGUGGUGUGGACAGUGCUAUUCUUUUAUAUUUAGAGCGAUUUUUAGAACUAUAUCUUUAUCUUUAUCGUUAUCUUUAUAAUUAUUGUUCUUGGUGUGAACGGGCCUCUACAACUAUGAAGAAAGCAAAAACUCAAGAAGUUCUACAAAUUUACGCAUGAUGACUGGGAUUAGAUGAAGAAAUACAUGGAUUAUCUGUUGUUUUCUUUUAUAUAAAGGUUUAUUGAGAUUUUGCUAAAUUUCGUAAUGUUCUUACAUUGUAAAGCAUUUUGGAUCUUAGAGAAUGAAUAGCUAUUUGAAUUAGAAUAUCUGUGGACAUUCAGGCUUUCUUUCUCUCUAUUUUUUGUUCUUUUUUUGCAGAUGCAGGGCCAGAUGCAUGAUUGUAUUUUGCAUGUUGAUAAUAAACCAGCCUCGUUUUUUCUAUCGGUUCCUUUUGGGGCCAGUGAUAUGAGUUCAUGUGAAGCUGCUCUUCUGACCUGUCCACAAAUAAUUCUUUAGAAUGAAGUAUUUUUUGGUAGUUUUAAGUGAUGAUGUAACAGAUUGUUUGAAAAUAAAGUUUGUGUGAAUGAA